GAAUAUACAAGUGAAGCUGGAGAGGUUGCCUCUGUGUUAGUCAAAGAAGGCAGCAAUCUAGCUCGGAGGAAUUAAACUAAACAUGACUUACAUUUUAAUAAAUUUAAUCUAGAAUGUGAUGUGCAGUAUUGGGAUCGCAUAGUUUCUUAAAAUCUUUUAGAACUGGCAGCUCUAACAAAGAAAUCAAAUUAUUUUGGAGACGAAGAUUGCAACUAGGAAGGAACAGACACACACGGAGAAUCUUAGUUUGGAGGAACUUUAAAGGUCAAGUCAACUGACAAAAUAGGAAAGGAAUGAGGACUUGAGGGCAGGGACAGGCAAAAGAGAUUUGAAUGCUUUAUCCAGGUGGAGACCCUACUGUUUGGCAGAGACGUCUUCUUAAAAAAUAUGUAUAUAUAGCUCACAUCAGUUUGGAGUUCUCUUUGGAUGAGGAGAGGAAUCUCAGUUUAAUACCUUCUCCCUCCAGCCCCUCCACACCUGCCGGGCUUUGGCACUGCUUGGGGGCCCUACCCUCCUGGCGGCUGCAGUUCCCCAGGGCCUGAAUAACUAGCAGUGACGGGUUGUGCAGAUGGGUGGCCACACUCUGUUGAUCCCAUUUCCUCCUGCUGUGGUCUGGGCUAGGGAGUGGUCCUCUGAGGACUUCAGUGUUUUUCUGUGCUUGGGGACUGGCGUUCACAUAGCUGAGUGCAUUGUUUUCUUCCAGGCAGGCUCGGCUAGUGCUUGAGCUUAGGCAUUUAUUUAGCAUUUUGUCGUCUUGGGCUGCGUGUCCUCUCUUGUUUCUGCGCGCUCUCCACGCCCUUCCCGGUUUCCUGUUAGCCAAAGGGGAUCGCUCUUUCUAAACGAAAAGUUCACAGAGCCCAGCUGAACCUCCCGGAAAAUGCUCCUCUCUUCCGCGUGCGCUCCAUGAGGGUGGGUGUGAGCCAGGAACUAAACACCCAGGGGAUUGCUGAAAAGGCCCCCGAACUCCCAGGCAAGGGAGGGAGAGGUGUCGGAGUCCGACAGGAUGGCCGGGGCUGGUAGCCAGCACCACCCUCCGGGCGCUGCCGGAGGAACCGCCACCACCGCCGCCGCCACCGGGACCCCGGGUGCCGUGGGCAACCCCGCCGCGGCCUCCGCGGGACCGGGAGAGGAUUCGUCCGACAGCGAAGCAGAGCAAGAGGGGCCUCAGAAACUGAUCCGUAAGGUGUCUACCUCCGGGCAGAUACGGACCAAGACCAGUAUUAAAGAGGGACAACUGUUGAAGCAAACCAGUUCUUUCCAAAGAUGGAAAAAGCGAUACUUCAAGCUUCGGGGCCGCACACUUUAUUAUGCAAAGGACUCAAAGUCCCUGAUAUUUGAUGAAGUUGAUCUCUCAGAUGCCAGUGUCGCUGAAGCAAGCACAAAAAAUGCCAACAACAGCUUCACGAUAAUCACUCCAUUCAGAAGGCUGAUGUUGUGUGCUGAGAACAGAAAGGAGAUGGAAGAUUGGAUCAGCUCUCUGAAGUCUGUACAAACCCGAGAACCUUACGAGGUGGCCCAGUUUAAUGUGGAACAUUUCUCAGGGAUGCAUAACUGGUACGCCUGCUCCCACGCCCGCCCCACCUUCUGUAACGUGUGCAGAGAGAGUCUUUCUGGAGUCACCUCCCAUGGCCUGUCCUGCGAAGUGUGUAAAUUCAAGGCUCACAAAAGGUGUGCAGUGAGGGCAACAAAUAACUGCAAAUGGACCACGCUAGCCUCCAUUGGAAAGGAUAUCAUUGAGGAUGAAGACGGAGUUGCUAUGCCUCACCAGUGGCUCGAGGGCAACCUGCCUGUGAGCGCCAAGUGUGUGGUCUGUGACAAAACAUGUGGCAGCGUUCUCCGUCUACAAGAUUGGAAAUGCCUUUGGUGUAAAACGAUGGUACACACUGCCUGCAAAGAUUUAUACCCUCCUGUCUGCCCACUUGGCCAAUGCAAAGUUUCUAUCAUACCUCCAAUUGCACUGAAUAGCACUGAUUCUGAUGGUUUCUGUAGAGCAACGUUUUCAUUCUGUGUUAGUCCUCUGUUGGUUUUUGUCAAUUCUAAGAGCGGAGAUAACCAGGGAGUAAAGUUCCUUCGUCGUUUUAAACAGUUGCUAAAUCCGGCUCAGGUGUUUGAUUUAAUGAAUGGAGGUCCUCACUUAGGUUUAAGAUUAUUCCAGAAGUUUGACAAUUUCCGGAUUCUGGUUUGCGGAGGAGAUGGAAGUGUAGGUUGGGUUCUAUCAGAAAUCGAUAAGCUCAACCUAAACAAACAGUGUCAGCUCGGGGUGUUGCCCUUGGGUACUGGCAAUGACCUUGCUCGAGUCCUUGGCUGGGGAGGUUCUUAUGAUGAUGACACUCAGCUUCCUCAGAUACUAGAGAAACUAGAACGAGCCAGUACCAAAAUGUUGGACAGGUGGAGUAUAAUGACGUAUGAGCUCAAAUUGCCACCAAAGCCUUCUUUACCUCCAGAAGCACCUGAAGAAUUUUAUAUGACAAUUUAUGAAGACUCAGUUGCAAAUCACCUUACAAAAAUCCUCAACUCUGAUGAAGAUGCAGUGGUUGUAUCAUCUGCCAAGAUUCUCUGCGACACUGUAAAGGACUUCGUUGCCAAAGUAGAGAAGGAGUAUGACAGAACGAUGGAAAAUGCAGUGGUAGCCGAAGCCGUGGCUAGCAAAUGUUCAGUCCUCAAUGAGAAGCUUGAACAACUGCUACAAGCCUUGCACACAGAUUCCCAGACUGCUCCUGUACUCCCAGGCGUGGGCCCUGUCAUCCUAGAGGAAGAUACUGUGGAAUCUUCCAGUGAAGAGUCCUUGGGUGAAAGCAAGGACCAGCUCUUGGACGACAUCACAAAACCCUCCUCCCAGAAAGCUGUCAAACCCAGGGAGAUAAUGCUGCGUGCCAACAGUUUAAAGAAGGCAGUGAGGAAAGUCAUUGAAGAGGCCGGUAAAGUGAUGGAUGAGCCGACAGUUGGGCCCUGGGAACCGGCUAGCCAGCCCUGCGAUUUCCACGGGGCAGGUGCAGAUGGACCUAAGGAUGAACCUAGAGCUGAUGAUAGCAGAGAGCCGCUCACUGUUAGAACUGCACCUCGGUCUCCAGAUGCCAGAGCCCAUCGCGGCUGUUCCCAAGCUGAUUCUGUGCCUGGGUCAGCAGUGACUGCCACCAAAGAAAACCUUCCAGUGCUCAAUACCAGAAUAAUUUGCCCAGGUUUAAGAGCAGGAUUAGCUGCCUCGAUUGCUGGGAGUUCUAUCAUCAACAAAAUGCUGCUAGCAAACAUCGAUCCUUUUGGUGCAACACCGUUUAUCGACCCUGACCUAGAUUCACUGGAUGGAUAUUCAGAAAAAUGUGUCAUGAACAAUUACUUUGGGAUUGGAUUAGAUGCCAAAAUUUCAUUAGAAUUUAAUAAUAAGAGAGAGGAGCACCCUGAAAAAUGCAGGAGCCGAACCAAAAACUUGAUGUGGUAUGGAGUCCUGGGGACUCGGGAAUUAUUACAGAGAUCCUACAAGAAUCUAGAACAAAGGGUUCAACUUGAGUGUGAUGGGCAGUAUAUCCCUCUCCCCAGUUUGCAAGGCAUUGCCGUGCUGAACAUCCCCAGCUAUGCCGGAGGUACCAACUUCUGGGGUGGAACCAAAGAGGAUGAUAUAUUUGCUGCACCAUCAUUUGAUGACAAGAUCCUGGAAGUCGUUGCAAUAUUUGACAGCGUGCAAAUGGCAGUUUCAAGAGUCAUUAAGCUACAGCAUCACAGAAUAGCCCAGUGUCGUACGGUCAAAAUCACUAUAUUUGGUGAUGAGGGAUUGCCAGUACAGGUGGAUGGUGAAGCCUGGGUCCAGCCUCCAGGGAUUAUCAAAAUUGUGCACAAAAACAGAGCUCAGAUGCUAACGCGGGACAGGGCCUUUGAGAGCACCCUGAAGUCUUGGGAAGAUAAACAGAAGUGUGACUCUGGUAAACCAGUUGUGCGGACACACUUGUACAUUCACCAUGCCGCUGACCUGUUAACAGAGGAGGUGUCCCAGAUGCAGCUGUGCUCCCAGGCUGCCGAGGAGCUCAUUACUAGGAUUUGCGAUGCAGCCACCAUCCACUGUCUCUUAGAACAAGAAUUGGCCCAUGCCGUGAACGCAUGCUCUCACGCCCUGAAUAAAGCCAACCCAAGGUGCCCGGAGAGUCUUACGAGAGAAUCGGCCACUGAAAUAGCCAUCAAUGUGAAGGCGUUGUAUAAUGAGACAGAAUCUUUGCUAGUUGGCAGGGUUCCAUUGCAAUUGGAGUCUCCACAUGAAGAGCGGGUAUCCAGUGCCUUACACUCUGUGGAGGUGGAGUUGCAGAAAUUAACAGAGAUCCCCUGGCUUUAUUACAUCUUACACCCCAACGAGGACGAGGAGCCACCCAUGGACUGCACUAAGAGAAACAACAGAAGCACAGUAUUCCGUAUAGUGCCAAAGUUUAAAAAGGAAAAGGUUCAGAAGCAGAAGACAAGCUUGCAGCCUGUCCAGAAAUGGGGCACAGAGGAAGUUGCUGCUUGGCUGGAUCUGCUCAAUUUGGGAGAGUACAAAGCAAUCUUCAUCCGUCAUGACAUCAGAGGGGCUGAACUUUUGCAUCUGGAAAGGCGAGACCUGAAGGUAUUUUCUUUGUGCUACUCUUCUGCUCUGGAAAUUUUUCUUACAAAACAGAAUCCUUUUUCCUGUGCCUCUUCUGUUCUGUGCUUUUCAGCUUGGCUUGUGAUAUACAAAUCUACAGUCACCUGACCAUUCACUGUCCUGCUGUCUGAGUUCCCUGUGUGCUUUCUAAAAAGAAGUAUACCAGCAAUACUUUCCUGUCAGAAUCAGCCAGAGCACAGCAUGCACGCACUAAUUUUCCUCUGCAUCCAUCCAUGUGGCUGUUCCUGUGCAAAUAUUUCCAACUGCUUUGUGUUUCCAUCAGCUCAUUGUAUGUGUCAGCAUGGAAGUGAUAAACUGUUGCUGGAAAAGACUAAACAAAUCUAACAUAAAUCAUUUGCGAAAAAUACCAAUAACUCACCUCUUAUGCUAUGUGGAACUAAAUAAGAGACUUACAGCAAUGACUAAGAGUCCUGUGAUUUAUGGUCCAAUGACCAUGUCCUAAAUUGGCCUUUCAGAAGUCAUACAAACAACUGGACACAUAAAUUUCAAAUUUUCUUUCCACAAUGCAGCAUUAAUAUCUUAGUCUCAAAAGGAAAUGUAGUUUCCGCUUAGGCUAGAAAGCAGCUUAGUGUCUCUUUGUCAUUUGUAACAGAGAAGGAAUAUUAUUAAUUAAUUGUCUGUGGAACUUCUUUUUUUUUG